UGUAGACGUCUGUGCGUCCUUGGUACGCAUUCUCCAGCACUACGUGACCCGCUUGAAAUAACCUUACCUUCAAAUAAAUCGUAUACUUUUAUCACUUUGAGAUUAUCGUCGUCCUCAAACCAAGAAUUGUCUCCGUUAAAUGAAAAGGCAGUCGUUUAAAAACCUUUCGUUGAACUGGUUAAUGCUGAGAUCAUGAUGAGGUCAGUAUAGAGGAGGGGACGGGGUGCAGACGAGCUCGCCAUCCGUGCAUCUUCUUAACAGCGACCGAUAUUGACAGCCUCGUCCACCCGCUCUUAAAUAGGUGGAGCAUGACAUUUUCAGUUCGCCGGUAUCUAAUGCAUCAUCUCUGAAUGCGGUUGUGUACACAUUUAUGGCGUAAAGGGAGGCGUCCUGUGGGAUGGAGCAGAGUUUCAGGCAGUCCGCGAUGGCUAUGGGUGCACAGUCCAAGAAAGGCUUGACCAGGAGCAUCGCCGUGGAGAGAAAAAACCUCAUCACGGUGUGCAGGUUUUCUGUGAAGACACUCCUGGAGAAAUACACUGCAGAGCCCAUCGAUGACUCGUCUGAGGAGUUCAUUAACUUUGCUGCUAUUCUGGAACACAUCCUCAGUCACCGCUUUAAAGGUUCUGGAAGCUGGUUCGAUGGUCAGCGCAGUUUUUGGGACUUUAUUCGCCUUGCCUGCAGUAAAGUGCCCAAUAAUUGCAUAAGCAGCAUUGAGAACAUGGAGAACAUCAACUCCUCACGAGCAAAGGGCAGAGCAUGGCUACGGGUUGCACUUAUGGAGAAACGUCUGUCCGAAUACAUCGGCACUGCUUUACGAGACAGCCGUACCACCAGGAGAUUUUAUGAUGAAGGUGCCAUCAUGUUGCGAGAGGAAGCCACUGUUCUGACCGGGAUGCUCAUUGGACUUGGAGCGAUUGAUUUUAGUUUUUGUUUGAAAGGGGAGGCAUUGGAUGGGAAGUCUGAGGCUGUUAUUGACUACACUCCUUAUCUGAAAUUCACACAAAGUUAUGAUUACCUCAGUGAUGAUGAAGAUGGGCAGAGUGUGGAUAGCAGUAACAGCGAUGAGAGUGUUGAGCAUCCAUACAUCCCUCUAGUCACCGAUGAGGAGAGCUGGAGAAAUAAGUGCCGCAAGAUGGAGCAGAGGUUCAAGAUCGUAAAUGCACAAAAGGGGUAUCUUGAAGAGCUAGUGAGAUUGCGUGAAUCUCAGUUGAAAAACAUGGAGUCCGAGAAUAAGAGACUAACAGCUGGAAUAGACGAACUUAAGAUCCAGAGCCAGAAAGAGAAGAGAGAACUGGAGCACAUUGUGCUAGAGCUACAGGAACAACUGACAAGUCUGAUUCCUGGUGAAUCUCAUCCACUGUCUAAGGAUUUGUCAAUCCCUCUUGUUAACCAAUGGCCAACACACCAAGACUACAACAACCAGGAGGAUAGAAAACUGUACACCAGGGGCAGUUUUCCUAGCCCUGGGCCACAUAUCAAUCUAAUGUCAGAUUCACAGGUUCAGAGGGUUGAAGGUAAACAGAAUGGACAAGCCUGGUGUACAACAGGAAAAGAUUACACUCCCUCCAUGUUAGGUCUGUGUGGUUCCCUGGCCUCUUUACCCAGCUGCAAGUCCCUGCCCAGCCUGAGGUCCACAGAGUGCCUGGUGAAUAUCAGCGCUGAGCCCAGUCCAGCUCUAACACCCAGCUAGGGUUCACCAAAUGAGACCGAUAUAACAAGCGUAGAGAAGUUGCUCUGUCAGCCAAGGCAUUCAAAGAUAUAAUGGCUCAACUAUAGUCUGUGCAGGAUCUCACUCUUUUAUUUUAGUGUCUCAUAUUGCUUUGUUUUAAUGUAGUCUUGGCUAUAUGUUAAUGCUUUUACACAGCCAAACUAUUCCUUAGCGCCGUUCUUUUUUAACAGGCAUUACAAUUCUGUUGAGAUUUUUUUUAAAUGCCUGUCUAUCUUUGAAUGUCUUUGCUGUGACAUGUCUUGUGAAUAUUCUGCUAGUUAAGGCACUGUGGACUAUGCACUGGCUGACAAGAGACCUCCCUGAGUUAACACUAUGACUGUAUGUUCAUGUCUCAUAGCCCAUCACAGCUUCACAUGUUCUGUUACCCUUUAAAAUCUGUAUAGGAAUGCACACUUGCAAAACACAAACAGACUCAUACAGACAUUUACACAGUAGAAAUAAUCAUGAAUGGUGUUUGAAAGUGAACUAUAUUUAAGUUACAAAUUAGUGUUUUCUUGUGAUCUUCAUAUAAUAAAUCUUUGCUAAAUUAUUUUAAUUCUCAACCAUACAUACAAGAACUGGUAACAAGGAUAUUUACAGUUUACUGUAUAGUUACAGUGGUAGAUAAAAGAAAGCCAUUUCUUGAAUAGCUGCCUUAUUUCUUUGUCCUGCCCAUCAAAACACCUUUGAAUAUCAGAUCGCUUUUUACACGACGGCAACUUUGCUAAAAUAAUGACAGCGGCCAUUGCUGCCAACUUGACACCAUACAAACUCAAUGACACCAUGCAAAAGGCUAUGCUUUAAUGGACCAGUAUAUGUAACCUCUUCCAUACUGUUGUAUUGUACGGUAUGUUUUGACAUUUUUUUGAUAAUCUGUUGUUGUUGCAUCAUUACAAUAUGUUCAACAGCAGAUUUGAAACAUCAAGUUUAUUUGUAUCUUUAUUAUUUAAAAACUGAGCUAAGCAAUGUUUCUGCUUCAUUGUCAGUGCAAUUGAAAGUCUGUUUGAGAAUGCGUGUGUGUCGUGUUAGAUAACCUUUAUGAAUUAGAAUUUUUGUUAAUUACAUCAUUCAUUAUUUAAUUGUUUCAAAGCCAUUGGAAUCUAUGCUGUUUGUCACUUACAAUCGCAAUAAAACUGCCUUUUUGUCCUAACUUU